CUCUUUUUUUUUUCAUGUUAGAGAUGAUGUCAUCCUCACAUUACAGUAGUUGUUCAUUUUUGCUCAUCGCCUUCAGUUUACUCCUAAUCUGCGAAGCACAAAACAGAGGUCUUCUUCCUGAAGAAGAAAAGAAUGCUCUGAGAGAAAUAGGAGAAGAGUUAGGGAAAAGUGAUUGGGAUUUUGAUGUGAAUCCUUGUGAUGAGAGCACAAGUUGGAGUACACCAGGAACAGACGCUUUGUCAGUGUACGUGAGCAAUGUAACCUGCAAUUGUGAUACCCCUGAUGGUUAUUGUCAUGUACAAAGCAUAUUACUCAAAGGACAAGAUCUUGCUGGUGUUCUUCCUCCAUCCCUGGCGAAGUUACCAAAUCUCACCAUAAUUGAUCUCUCAUGCAACUAUUUGAGUGGUACAAUUCCCCCUGAAUGGACAUCGAUGAAACUGGAAACCAUGUCUCUUAUGCUGAAUCAACUAUCUGGACCAAUUCCGAAGUACUUAGGAAACAUGACUUCACUAGUUUAUAUGAGAUUGGAAAGUAACAUGUUUAAUGGAACUGUUCCAAAAGAACUCGGAGGCAUGGUUAAUCUACAGAUUCUCAUUCUUAGUUUUAAUAAUCUCACAGGUCAGCUACCAGAGGAGCUCAAUAAACUCACUAAUUUGAAAGAACUUAGGCUGAGAGGUAACAACUUCACAGGAAAACUUCCUAACUUAGAGAGUUUUAAAACCCUUCAAAGAUUAGAGAUUCAAGCUUCUGGUUUUGAAGGACCUAUAGCUCCAAUCAUUUCUGUCUCAACUCAAAUGAUCGAAUUGAGAAUCACUGAUUUGACUGGAGGUGCUUCAGAAUUUCCACAGCUUGGGAAUAUGACACGCCUAACUAGAUUGAUAUUGAGGAAUUGCAAUUUAUCUGGGAAGAUUCCUCCUUACAUAACUAAGAUGCCUAAAUUAAAACUUCUAGAUCUAAGUUUCAACAAGUUUGAAGGACAGAUCCCAAAUCUUGAGAGUCUAAAGAAGUUGGACUUCUUGUACCUGGUAGGAAAUCGACUUACUGGGCCAAUUCCAGGUUGGGUCAAAAGUCGAAAUUCCAAACACAUGAUAGACCUGUCUUACAACAACUUCAGUGAGAGCUCUGAGCCUAUUUGUCAGGAAACUCUGAACUUAUUCAGAAGCUAUAAUGGAACGAAAAAUUCAGAAUUUGGGAAAUGUGUGCCAAGAUGUUCAAAGAAAUGGUAUUCGGUGCACAUAAAUUGUGGUGGAAAGAGUGUGACUAUUGGGGACACUGUUUACGAAGCAGAUAGAGAUUCAGCAGGUGCUGCAAAAUUUACUUCCUCGAAAGAGAGCUGGGGAGCCAGCAACAGUGGAUACUUCUGGGAUAAGAUUAUAACAGCAAAAGACUACCUGGCGAAUAAUAUAUCUGCCAUUAAGGGAAAUGACUCUGAACUGUACACGACAGCUCGGCUCUCAGCUUUAUCUCUGACUUACUAUGGACGUUGUUUAGCAAAUGGAAACUACACCGUGACACUGCACUUUGCAGAGAUUGUUAUAAGAGACAAUCGAUCUUUCCAAAGUCUUGGAAAACGGAUAUUUGAUGUCUAUAUUCAGGGUGAGAGGAAGCUCAAAGAUUUUGAUAUUAGAACUGAUGCUGGAGGAGUUGAUAAACCUUUCACGAUAAAGUUCAAUGCAACUGUAGCAGACAGCACUCUAGAAGUGCGCUUUCAGUAUGCUGGGAAAGGAACAGCUGCUCUCCCUAGAAGAGGAAGCUAUGGCCCUUUAGUUUCUGCCAUCUCUUUUGAAGCUAAUUUCAAGCCCCCUCCUGAUUACAAAAAGUUGGUUCCCAUCAUAGCUGGAUCAGUGGUGUCCUUAUUAAUUCUCAUUUUGACAAUAUCAUUUGUUGCUUGGAAGAGACACAGAAACAAGAUAGCAAAGGAAGAAGAAUCAAGAGGACUAGAUUCAAUGACUGGUGUGUUUACCAUCAGACAAAUCAAAGCUGCCACAAACAAUUUUGACGCUGCAAAUAAAAUCGGGGAAGGUGGUUUUGGAUCUGUCUACAAGGGUACACUAUCAGAUGGCGCAGUUAUUGCUGUUAAGCAGCUUUCAUCCAAAUCGAAACAAGGGAAGCGUGAGUUUGUAAAUGAGAUAGGUAUGAUCUCUAGUUUACACCACCCAAAUCUUGUACAACUAUAUGGAUGUUGUGCUGAACGGAAUCACCUGCUACUGGUGUAUGAGUACAUGGAGAACAAUAGCCUGGCUCGUGCUUUAUUUGGUCCAGAAGAACAUCGGCUCAAAAUAGACUGGCCAACCAGGCAAAAGAUCUGUAUUGGGAUAGCAAAAGGCUUAUCUUUCCUACAUGAAGAAUCGUCAUUGAAAAUUGUCCAUAGAGACAUCAAAGCAACGAAUGUACUUCUUGACAAGAAACUAAAUCCGAAAAUCUCAGACUUUGGUCUGGCCAGACUUGAUGAUGAUGAUAACAACACACACAUUACCACUAGAGUUGCCGGAACCAUAGGAUAUAUGGCCCCUGAAUAUGCACUAUGGGGCUACUUGACCUACAAAGCAGAUGUCUACAGUUUUGGAGUUCUUGCAUUAGAGAUUGCUGCUGGGAAAAGCAACAUGACAUAUCGCCCCAAUGAGAAAUUUGUCUGCCUCCUAGAUUGGGCUCUUGUUCUACAAAGACAAGGAAAACUGAAGGAAGUAGUAGAUGCAACAUUGGGCAGUGAUUUGAACGAGGACGAGGCUCUAAGGAUGUUAAAUGUAGCUUUGCUAUGUACCAGUCCAUCUCCAGCACUUAGGCCAACCAUGUCUGCUGUAGUCAAAAUUCUUGAAAAUCAUCUUGACCUCCCUGAGUUUACAAUGGAAUCAAGAUUCUAUGAUGAUUAUGAUCUUUUCAACUUUCAAGGGUUAAGAGACAAGUAUGAAGAUACAAACGAAAGCCAACCACUCACACAUUCAUCAAAUACCAUUACAACAAGAGAUUGCUCUUACACUACCUCUACAUCACAAUUGUAUAUUCAGUUGCAAGUUUUGCAGGUUGGAGCAUUAAUGAAAAUGUUAGCAUUAUUACAUAAUUUCAGUAUUUCUUCUUUUCUGCUUAUCUUAGUCCUCUGUUCUCUAGUACAAAUCAUUGAAGCACAAAGUUACAGUCGUCUUCUUCCUCAACAAGAAAAGAAUGCUCUAAAAGAAAUAGCGGAGCAGUUGGGUAAAAAGGACUGGGAUUUUGAUUUGAAUCCUUGUAACGGCAAUACAAAUUGGACUACACCAAAAAUUGACAAGAUAUCGAUGUAUGUCAACAAUGUAACCUGCAAUUGCGCUACCCCUGAUGGCUUCUGUCAUGUACAAAGCAUAUUACUCAAAGGACAAGAUCUUGCAGGUGUUCUCCCUCCCUCUCUGGUCAAGUUACCUUAUCUCAAGACAAUAGACGUCGCGCUCAACUAUUUGAGUGGUACUAUUCCCCCUGAAUGGGCAUCUAUCAAACUGGAAUUUAUGUCUGUUAUGGUGAAUCAACUCUCUGGGCCAAUUCCUAAAUACUUGGGAAACAUGACUACACUACGUUAUAUGAGUUUGGAGAAUAACAUGUUUAAUGGAACUGUUCCAAAAGAACUCGGAAACAUGGUUAAUCUACAGAGUCUCACUCUUAGUUUUAAUAAUCUCACAGGUAAGUUGCCCAAGGAAGUCAAUAAACUCACAAAAUUAACAGAACUUAGGCUGAGCGGUAACAACUUCACUGGAAUACUUCCUAGUUUUGAGAGUUUGAAAAACCUUCAGAAAUUAGAGAUUCAAGCUUCGGGUUUUGAAGCACCUGUACCACCAAGCAUUUCUGUCUUGACUGAAAUGAAGGAAUUAAGAAUCAGUGACUUGACUGGAAGUGCUUCAGAAUUUCCACCGCUUGAGAACAUGACAGGCCUAACAAGAUUGAUGUUGAGGAGCUGCAACUUAUCUGGGAAGAUUCCUUCUUACAUAGAUAAUAUGCAUCAAUUGAAAAAACUAGAUCUAAGCUUCAACAGACUUGAAGGACAGAUCCCGGAUCUGGAGAGCCAGGAAAGACUGCAGCUCUUGUACCUGACAAGCAAUAGACUUACUGGACCAAUUCAUGAUUGGAUCAAAAGUAGAAAUUCCAAGUAUGUCAUAGAUCUUUCUUACAACAACUUCAACGAAAGCUCUGUGCCAACUACUUGUCGCGAAACCCUAAACUUGUUCAAAAGCUAUAACUCAACAAAAAAGUCAGAACUUGGGAAAUGCUUGUCAAGUAAUCCUUGUUCAAAGAAUUGGUAUUCAGUGCACAUAAAUUGUGGUGGCGAGAGUGUGACAAUAGGGGACACCACUUAUGAAGCAGAUGAAGAUUCCGCAGGUGCUGCAAAGUUUGUUUACUGGAGAGAGAGCUGGGGAUCCAGCAACACCGGGGACUUCUGGGAUCGUCCCAUAGCAUUGAAUGAGUACAAGGCAACUAAUGUAUCUUCAAUUAAGGGACAGAACUCUGAACUAUACACGACAGCUCGACUCUCAGCUUUAUCUCUAACUUACUAUGGACGCUGUUUAGCAAAUGGAAAAUACACCGUGACACUGCACUUUGCAGAGAUUGUUAUAAGAGAUAACCGAUCUUUCCAGAGUCUCGGAAAACGGAUGUUUGAUGUCUAUAUUCAGGGUGAGAGGAAGCUCAAAGAUUUUGACAUUAGAACUGCUGCUGGAGGAGUUGAUGAAUCUUGGACAAGAAAGUUCAAUGCAUCUGUAGAAGAUGGCAUUCUAGAAGUGCGCUUUCAGUAUGCUGGGAAAGGAACAACAGCUGUCCCUAGAAGAGGAAGCUAUGGCCCUUUAGUUUCAGCCAUUUCUUUUGAAGCUAAUUUCAAGCCCCCUUCAAAUCACAAAAAGAUGGCUCACAUCAUUGCUGGAGCAGUGGCGUCCUCACUAGUUCUCCUUUUGACAAUAUUUAUUGUUGCUUGGAGGAGAAGCAUAAACAGAAUAUCAAAGGAAGAAGAAUUAAGAGGACUAGAUCUACUGACUGGUGUAUUUACCAUCAGACAAAUCAAAGCUGCGACAAACAACUUUGAUGUUGCAAAUAAAAUCGGGGAAGGUGGUUUUGGCUCUGUCUACAAGGGCACACUACUGGACGGUACAGUUAUUGCUGUUAAGCAGCUUUCAUCCAAAUCAAAACAAGGAAACCGCGAGUUUGUAAAUGAGAUAGGUAUGAUCUCUGGUUUACAGCACCCAAAUCUUGUCAAACUAUAUGGAUGUUGUGCUGAAGGAAAUCAACUUCUGUUGGUGUAUGAAUACUUGGAGAACAAUAGCCUCGCCCUUGCUUUAUUUGGUUCAGACGAACACCGUCUCCAAAUAGAGUGGCCAACUAGGCAAAAUAUCUGCAUUGGGAUAGCAAAAGGCUUAGCUUUCCUACACGAAGAAUCGUCAUUAAAAAUUGUUCAUAGGGAUAUGAAAGCAACAAAUGUACUUCUUGACAAGAAACUAAACCCGAAGAUCUCUGAUUUUGGUCUGGCCAAACUUGAUGAUGAGGAUAAAACACAUAUCAGCACUAGAAUUGCUGGAACCAUAGGAUAUAUGGCACCUGAAUAUGCACUAUGGGGCUACUUAACCUACAAAGCAGAUGUCUACAGCUUUGGAGUUGUUGCGUUAGAGAUUGUUGCUGGGAAGAACAAUAUGAAAUAUCGCCCCAAUGAGAAAUUUGUUUGCCUUCUAGAUUGGGCCCUUGUCCUACAAAAGCAUGGAAAACUGAUGGAACUAGUGGAUGAAACAUUAAAUUCAGAUUUCAAGAAGGAUGAGGCUCUAAGGAUGAUAAACGUAGCUCUGCUAUGUACCAAUCCAUCUCCAGCACUUAGGCCAACCAUGUCUGCAGUAGUCAGCAUUCUUGAAGAUCAUCUUGACCUUCCUGAGUUUAACUUGGAAUCAAGAUCCCAUGAUGAUGAGCUCAAGUUUCAAGGGCUAAGAGACAAGUAUGACGAGAUGCGCAGCUUGAGCGAAAGUCAAACACUUAUUCAUUCAUCCAACACUACACGAAGAGACUGCUCUUCCACUACAGCUGAAUCGUCUUAAUUAAAUUCAGUCAGAUCAAUAUUGUGAAACAAAGAGUAACAUGUUAUUUUAGGACUAUAUAUUUGAUGUGAGUGUAAUAGCCUAUACAGAUACUACUUUGGAGGAGACGCCAUUCCAAGCAAAUGGUAAACCUCUACUACUAAUACUAAUGUCUGGAAAACAGCCAUGAAAACUGAUAUGAAUAAGGAAUUUGAACUUGUGAAUUCAUCCUCAUAAA